AUGAAUGAACCGCUCCGCCCCGGCCUUCAGCCUAUAUCCCAUCUCAAGGCUGGGCCGACAACCUCCAGCUCCACAUCCACCGCGCUGCCUUCCCCGACAACGCUCCAACCUCCUUCGCGUCCUUCAUCUCGACUCCGUACACAAAAAUCUUCUGGUAAAGAUGACCCGGACUCCGCUAGCAACAAGGCCACUACUGCCCUGAUCCGACGCGUCCUGUGCCCGCAGACAAGCAACUACGGAGCGACUUCCCCACAGCCUCCGGAAGAGCUGUUACCUCCCCUCACGAGCUCCAAUGACGUUGAUCGUCAACUCUACGCCCUUCUCGCCAUCAUAAUAAAAGAAUUUGUUUAUUCGUGGUACUCGAAGAUUACCCCCGAUCAGGCUCUUGUGAAUGAAGUUCUACAAGUAAUUGCGCAUUGCACGCGUGCACUCGAGCAGAGGCUGCGCCAAAUCGACGUUGCACAACUAGCCCUUGACGAGAUUCCUGGCCUGGUGGAAGCACAUGUACUCUCGUACAGACUGGCCAGGCAACAGUCACAUCUUUCUGGUCUACCGACGUCGUACCGUACGCUCUAUCAUGAGCUAAAUCCGCACCCCGGUCUUUCUCCAGUACCUGAUCCAGGGGAUCCAGAUACGAUCGCCGAGCAGAUAGAGAACGAAGCGGUCUACCGGCGACUACUCGCCAAUGGUAUUCUAGCAGUUCUUCUUCCAACGGAAGACCUCGAGAAUAGCAGUCUCCGGGCGCUGGUCGUUGAUGUUAUAGCCGAUCUGCUCCUGGGAAACCAAGUCAGUGGCAGGGCAUGCGAAGGAUGGUUCAUUUGGGACAAUAUAGGCAAACUCGCCGCUCAAGUGGGACCCCGUCAAACGCAAGAUAACACAAAGUCCGCCCAGGAAUCUCAAAUCAACCGAUUAGAAAAGUUUGGCUUGCUUUCAACCGACGAUGAGCUCCUAGAGCAACCAUCGACAUUGUUCUCGGGCACCACUUGGAUAUGGAACCUUCUACAGGGGAUUUAUCUUGGUUACGUCGUCUUGCGUUUCAUUGCCAUGGGUUUAUUUCGUGUCGUAUCGAAUCCAGGCCCUUUUCCACACGGUGUCGGUGUUUCACUUGCCUCAACCGUCAACCAGAAAAGAGAUGGGAUGGAGUCUUCAGAUGUCAUCACAAGUAGGCGCCCGGUUCUCGACUACCGGAUAUAUUCCAUGGUUUCGCAGAUACUGGGAAUCUCAUGGAGAAUGCCAUGGCUGAGUGGGUUGCUCGCCUUAUUCCAACAUCUUAUUUUGGCAGGCCCAGGCAGGGUCGGUGCUACGGACGGAAUCAUUGAUAGGUGA